GGGAGUGGUAUAGUAGAGAUUAUAUUGUUUAAUUGGAUACGUGGUAAGGUCUUGGUUGAGAAUAAUUUUGUUUGAGAAAUUCGGGAUUAGAUGAAGCGGGUGGCAUAUCAUUGAGAUGGAUGGUGUGUGACAUUCAUGGUUAUGGGAAGGCAAGAAAGGGUUUAUAUUCUUUUGGCAAAUGAGAUAGAAUCGAAGAUGUGCAUGGGUUGCACACUUGUCCCUUGAGUUACUGAAUGAUGAACUGAGUUUAUUUUAGCUAACCUGGGACUCUGUGUUGGUCAUUUGGAUGAUGGAAUUGGAGGGACUGUUUAUCAAGUCAAAAAGCAGGGAAAGCCAACUGAUCUUUCUCAGUUCCGUGCUCAGCUUGAUGCAUUGGGCCUUAAAAUUGUCCAUGUGACUGCAGAUGGUAAUUGUUUCUUCAGGGCCCUUGCAGAUCAGUUGGAAGGCAAUGAAGAGGAACAUAAAAAGUAUCGCGGCAUGGUGGUAGAAUAUAUUAUGAAGAAUCGCGAAAUGUUCGAACCAUUUAUUGAGGAUGAUGUCCCAUUUGAUGAAUACUGCCAAUGCAUGGAAAAGGAUGGCACAUGGGCUGGACAUAUGGAACUGCAGGCAGCUUCUCUUGUGACACAUAGUAAUAUGUGCAUUCACCGGAACAUGUCACCUCGCUGGUACAUUCGUAAUUUUGACGAGCGUGGAGCUUGCAUGGUCCAUUUAUCUUAUCAUGAUGAAGAACAUUACAAUAGUGUGCGGUUAAAGGAAGACCCUUGUGAUGGGCCAGCUAGGCCAAUCAUUAUCAAGGCGGAUGCUGAUCUUUCAGCAACAGCCCAUCAACCAAAAGCUGGAGCAAGGAGGUCUAAAGAAGGAACUGGUGUGGAUAAUAUUCAUGCUGGAUCCAUAAAAAUGGUAAUGGCUGGAAGUGGAUGUGAAAAUGCUGAAAAAGUCAAACAGGUUUUAGGACAAGUAUAUGGUGAUGUUGAUGCCGCAAUAGAGUUUCUGAUAGCAGAACAAGGAGCAGAAGAGUACCUGGUACAAACUGAUUCACUUCCUGAUCAAGUAGAUACUUCUUAUGGUAAUGUCCGGGUUGAUGAAAAUGGAAAUUGUGAGCAACAUGAGGAAGAACCAUUAGAGAGGACCUGCAAACAAGAUGCAUCCAGUAGUAGUGUUAAAAGAAGUCAUGAUAAUAGAAGUUCCCAACCAGAUGACAAGGUCUCAAAAAAUAAGGUCUGCCCAUGCGGUUCAAAGAAGAAAUACAAAGCUUGCUGUGGAGCAGCCACUGGGAGAUCUGUUGCUAAGUUUGUAGUUAAUCAAUCAGUUGACUCUAGAAAAGGUAGAAAGGAACGCAAGCAAGGCAAGAAGAGUGGACCUGCUAAAGCCACAUCAACCUGUGGAGUUGAUGGAGGGCUACCUGACAUGGGUGCACUUUGUAUUUGAUCUUGAUCUGAAUCAGAAGACAAUUCUGCCAUCUCUGAAAGAGAGUGGAAUUACUGUUGUCACAGGUCCCUAUGCAGUUCAUAUAAGAUGGCAGCACCCACCUGUGCUUGUGAAUCAUGUGUGACAGUUGGGCAAUGUGGAGUUUUGUGGUUCACCCUUGCAAAAAGAACUUUGAUAAAUAAAUCAGCAGACACGAAGACUGGGGCUAGAAGCAUAUGCUAUAUCCUCCAUGAUUCAUUGUUAUUCAUGUAAAGAAGCACACUGCACACACUACAUGGACUUGGUUCCCCGAUAAUAUUUGGAUUUGGAUUUUUUGCAUACAUGUUUUUUGGCAGAAAUGAGUUCAUGCAAUGGGGGAAGGAUAGAAUGGAAUAGAAUAUAAAUUUUUUCCAACUUUUGUCCUAGACAAUGUGAUUAAGUAUUUACUAUUUAGGUAGCCAUAAAUAUAUGCUAAAGAAUUGUACUUUUCUAUAAGAGCUGAUGUGAGAGAGCAUUCAUUAUCACGAUAACAUAGCACAUUUAUUUUUGGGAUUGUAGUCGAAAUGAUUAGACUAAUAAGAUAUUUGCAGCCAGUAUCAUUUCAACCAAA